AUUUACUAAACAUAUACUCUCUGGUCCUUUACAGAAAGUUUGCUGACCUCCCACUCCUUAAAGAUUUAAGGUACUGUCCAUAUUUCACAUUUUAGAUUAUAUGUACUGUACCAUUUUUUAAUUGAAUUUUUUUUGUUUCCCAACAAGAUCAUGUAAGGGAUCUUUUUCAUACUUGCCUUCUUCACAGGGCUAGCAUGUAGCGUCUUCAACAGUUGUAGUAGCAGCUGUCAUGUACUGAAUGACUAGUACUGCCACACUUUACACUGGGCAUAUUAUAGGCAUUUUCUCUAACAAAGUCCUGCUGUGUCUGUUGGUAUCACAAUUUUAGUGAUGUGGAAGUUGAGGCUCAGAGUGGUUGAGUAAUUUGCAGAGUUGUAAGGACUGUAUGUGUCACUAUAGGGAUCCAACCCUAAAUUCAGUCGGUGUCCCUUCCAUUACCAGACCCCACCUGGAGCAGUUAUGAAGCUUUCAUUUUCCAUCAUCAGUGCCCCAUCAUUGUGCUUCCCUCCCUCAUCCCUUUGUUCAUGUCACUCUGUACAGUAUCUCCACCAGCCCAUGCUGCCUUUUGAAAUGCUGUUACUUCUUCAAGGUUCAGAGGAACUACCACUCUCCUCUUAUCAGUACUUUCUUCCCCUCAUUCCCUGUCCUUGGCUGUCAGAACUCAAAGGAGUCUGUGCAGCUUAGCAAGCAUUUGCUGAUGUUUGCAUAAGUAGGCCCUGUGUUGGGCACUCUGUGUGUGGGGGGCAGGGAAUGUGUGUUUGGGAGACUGUGUGUGGUGUGUGAGUAUAGCUGGAUGUGUGUAUGGUGUGUAAUUGGAUAGCCAUGAAUGUGGCUCUGUGUGUGGGAGGGUUGUGUGUGGUAUGUAUGCGUGUGACUGUGUAUGUGUGACUGCGUGAUACGUAUGUGUGUUGUGAGAGUGGCUGAGUGUGUUGGUAUGUGAGUAUGGCUGUGUGUGGUGUGAGUCUAUGUGUGAGACUGUCUGUGUAUGCACUGCUGUGUGUGGUGUUUGAGUGGAAGUGGGUACUGACCAAUCAGAACAGACACAGCCUAGGCCCUCAGUGGGUCUUGGAGGACCCCGAUGUUAAGCCUUUAUUUGCUAGACUGUGGUGAGGUCUGGGGAAGGGAAGGAGUGUACACGUAAGAGGAUUCAGAGCUGGGCCUUGUAACCGAGUAGGAGAGCCUCAAGAAUUAGAGAUUCUGUUCUCUUCAUUUUGAAAACAGGCAAAUAGGUGGAUGCUUUUAAGGAAGGCUUUUCAGAAACGAUUAAACAUAAUGGGAAUUUCAGUUAACUUAACAGUUAGGCAGAAAAAUCGAACGCAUCCCCAAAUGGAAGCUCCUUUACUUGUAGGUGAAUUCGAGUCUAGACUGUGGUAUUAAGAAAAGUGACAUUGUGCACAUCAUACAAAUAUCUUUUGGGGCUGGACAAAGCUGAGGCCUUCUUUUUGCUCUGGUGGGUAGCUUUAAAUAUCUGUGGAAGUUUGUCACUUGACAGUAAGUAAAGGCAUUCUAUCCGAGUAUUCCAGUUAAUUGAGGUUAUUUCUGACGGAUGGUUCCAAAGGGAUGGUGUAUACCCAACCCUUCAACCAGGACGAAAGAUUCCCUGGGGUCUGGCCUGACCCAAGGAAUAAAGGUGUUGGCCAUUUGUGUUCAUUCUCAGGGUUCAGAGAUGGGCAGUGAGAAGGAGCAGAGCCCAGAACGGCACCUGCCUGAGGAAGGGGAACGGGGUAAUAAGCCAUGGAGAGUGGAUGACUCAGAGGGUUCUUGGAUCCCAGAUGGGGAGAAAGAGCAUGGGCAAGCAAGCCUGCCAGAGGGGCCACAAGGGCUCUAUCCAGAGAAGCCACCGCAGGACGUCACUGUCCCCGCUGGAGAGCCAGAGGACCUCUCUGCUCAUCCGAGGCACGAGGCUGAUGAGAAGCCCUUUAUAUGUGCCCAGUGUGGCAAAACCUUCAAUAAUACCUCCAACCUGAGAACACACCAGCGGAUCCACACAGGCGAGAAACCCUACAAGUGUUCUGAGUGUGGCAAGAGCUUCUCGAGAAGCUCCAACCGCAUCCGGCACGAGCGCAUCCACCUGGAGGAGAAGCACUAUAAGUGCCCCAACUGCGAGGAGAGCUUCCGGCGGCACUCGGACCUCACCACGCACCAGCAGGACCACCUGGGCAGGUGGCCCUUCCGCUGCGACAUCUGCGGCAAGAGCUUCAGCCAGAGCUCGGCGCUGGCCGUGCACUACCGGACCCACCUGGAGCCGGCGCCCUACAUCUGCUGCGAGUGCGGGAAGAGCUUCAGCAACAGCUCCAGCUUCGGCGUGCACCACCGCACCCACACAGGUGGUAUUAUUGCCUUAGAAGAUCACAAUUUUACAACCAUCAUGUAAUGAAUAGAUUCAGGCUGAUUCCUGUUGGGGACAGUGUUCCAGUGGCCUUCAAGGAGCAACCAGCCUAGAGGAAGAGACAGAUGGAAGGUGUUGGUUACUGUGAUUUGGUUUCGGCCCAGAUCCAUGUUACAAUGGGCCACCAUAUAGCCCUUGGUAAUGGGUUGAGUCCUGGAGAGGGUUGGGGUUAUCAAGUGUAAUGUUGAUUGGGUUUAAGGUUUUUAGUUUCCAUUUAUUGAGCACCCCCAUCAAGUUACUUAUACCCAAGGCCUGGGGCCUGGGGAGUAGGCAGGUCAAAAGGCUCCCAGAGUAGGCCCAGGUCCUGGCUCAGGGUUAAAACCACCACUUCAGAGUGUGAAGAACCUAGCCACAAGAUACCCACAAAACCACAGACAUAUGGGGCAAAUUGAGACAAAGCAGAGACCAUGCUUCCAGACACCCAAAGGAAUGGAGCAUUGUCCCAGAGACAGCAUGUCUACAGACAUGGAAAGGGUACUGCUUAGUUCCAGAGCAGGGGUGUGCAGGGUACCUGAGCUUGAGACUUUGUGAAAUAGAGUUGAUCACACUUUUUACUUUGGCUGUUCAGAGGAAGGACAUCUUUAUCAAACUGCACCCAUUCUGAAAACCUGACUGUGGUCAUUCAGAAGCCAAGGCUUGCAUAGGAAGUGGGGGAAAACAGGAGUAGAGCUAGAGAAGGAGCCAUUCAGGCUCUAUGAGAGAACAGCUCAUUCCUUUUCCCUCCUACCUUCCUGGAGGGAGAGGCUAGUGAUAGAAGGCAGCCCACCAUGAUACUCAUUUCUCAGUGUAUGUGGGUCUGAGGUAAACAUGGAGAACUUCUUAAGGGUGAACAGGGAAUAGCCUGCCCUCCUGGUCAAAUGGUAACCCUGCUGCUGUUACAUAUGGGCCCAGGACGGCUGCCCAUCACUCAUCACUCAAGGCCUGCCAGACAGUUCCCUUGACCCAGAUGCCCCAGGUAGGGGAUGGAAGAGAACCUGAAUAGGGAGCUGGUACCCUGUCAGCACAACAGGAGCAGAGUUAGAAAACACAACCCCAAGGGAAGCCAGAGGAAUACUAAUCUGGACCCUCUGGAAAAGUUGUCUUCAAACUGGGUAUGCAUACCCCUGGGGGUUCACAAAAACUUUCCAAGAGGUAUGUGAGCAUAUUUAGCUUACAGGGAAUCAAUGUAAAGGUGCUCAGCUUCCAGGUGUACUCUUUACAAAAAUUAAUCUGACUAAGAGGAGUGAUGACAGCAAGAUGGUAAAAUAAGAAGCUCAGACUCCCUUCCCCAACAGAGACAUUGACGUAACAAUAAUAGACAGUCCAAAAAGCCUUUAUGAGAAUUCCAGAAACCAGUGAAGAAACUCACAGUACCCAGGCAAACUAAAAGCCAAGAACAGCUACACUGAAACAGAUAAGAGGAACCAUUUCAUUUCACUCACAAUAGCCCUUCUCCCAAGCUGGCACGGCUUGGAGCACUCAGGAGUAGAAUAGAAAUCAUAGAGUGAGUGCUCUCAGACCACAGUGGAAUUAAACUAGAAAUUAGCAACAGAAAAAUGGCUAGAUAAUCCCAAAAUACAUGGAAUUUAAAGUAUUAAAUAAACUUUAAAUAACACAAAACUUCUAAACAACACACAGGCCAAAGAAGAGAUAUCAAGAGAAAUUUUUAAAUGUUUUGAACUAAAUGAAAAACACAACUUAUCAAAAUUUGUGGGAUGUAGCAAAAGAAGUGCUUUGAUGGCACUGAAUAACAUAUAUUAGAAAAGAGGGAAACUCUAAACUCAAUAAUCUAAGCUCUACCUUUGGAAGUUUAGAAAAAGAAGAGAAAACUAAAUCAAAAGUAAGCAGAAGAAAAGAAAUAAUAAAAAUUAGAGCAGAAAUCAAUGAAGCUGAAAACAGGAUAUCAAUAGAGAAAAUGAUCAAAACCGAAAGCUGGUUCUUUGAAAAGAUGAAUAAAGUUGAUAAGCCUCUAGCUAGGCUAACUGAGAAAAAAGAGGACACAAAUUUCUAAUAUCAGAAGUGAAAAAGGGGGCAUCUGAUCCCAUGGACAUUAAAAGGAUAAUAAAGGAAUAUGAGCAACUCUAUGCCCACAAAUUUAAUAAUCUAGAUGAAAUGGGCCAAUUCCCUGAAAGAUAAAAACUAUCAAAACUCACAUAAGGGGCUUCCCUGGUGGCCCAGUGGUUGAGAGUCCGCCUGCCGAUGCAGGGGACGCGGGUUCGUGCCCUGGUCCGGGAAGAUCCCACAUGCCGCAGAGCGGCU